AUGUUAGCAAAGGUUGACGUAGGACGCUCUAAGGUUCUUCUCGACCAAUUACUGGCCCACCUCAGCCAACCGUUGAAGUAUCACCGUACUGUGGUCUACUAUGUGUUUGUCCAGCUAUUGCCUCAUUUCAAGAAGGAACAUGUUUCUCACAUAAUUGAGACCAUGAUGAUGGAUGACGAGGAAUUGGCCGACGAACAGGGUAGCGAGGGAGAAUCAACGAAUGAUGAAGAUGAAGAUAUGGACGACGGUGAAGCAGCUGGUGAGUCAGAAUCUGAAAGCCUAGAAGAUGAAGAGGGAGUCGACCCUGAAGCGCUUAAUCGUCUAGAGAGUGCUCUAGGAAAGGCGGCUGUCAAGAGGAAAGGCGAUGCGAUUGAUGAGGAGGAG